AUGACUAAUUCACCAACAUUUCCAAUUGAGUUUAUUAAUAAUGCACAAAUUGUAGAUGAUAAAGAUGUAUUUAUAAUUAUAAAAGCUACUAAUAAUGAAAAGAAACAAUGUUUAGUGAAAAUUGAAAAUAAUAUUGGUAUUUGUAAGACUGUAAGUGCAGAAACAAAUUCUUUAGAUUAUUCAUAUAAACUUACAGAUUUAUCAAGGAAUCAAGAUGGUAAUUAUGAAUUCAAUCUUACACAAAUGUAUUCAGCAAGGGUUUAUUUAUCUGUUAAAUAUCCUCUGCAGCUUUAUAUUGAUUCCAGCAAGCCAGGGGCUAUAGCAAUUAUUGAUCCAGAUGGAUUUAAGACAAGAGAUUCAAAUUAUUAUACCAUAUAUGAUAAGUUUGAAUUUACAUAUAAUAAUGAUGGAAUUUGGAUGAAUCCAACUGCAGUUGAUUUCUUCUCAAUACCACUGCAAAUUUCAAUACCUACGUCUACAUCUGCUUUUCAACAAGCUGGAUUAACUGAUUCUAGAAGUCAAAUAUUAAAUAAAGUUCAAGAAAUUUUUGAUGCAGUAGAGUCAAAAGAAGAAUGA